CAGCGUCCCCAGCCCCUUGUCUUCCCAUGGAGGCCUUCACCUCCAUGAUGACUCCAUGAACCCUGCUGCCUGGGGUUACCCAUGCCUGUCCCUGUGCUGUCCCCACGACCCUGGUGUCCCUGUCCCUCCGCUGUCCCCAUGUUGGAGACACCCUGGUGACACCCAUCCGUCCCCUCAGCAGAUCCUGAGCACGGUGGAGGCCCAGGCUCCCAGCACCCCGGGGCCAUCAGGCUGUGGCCCUGUCCCCGUCCCUGUGGCUGUGCCGGUGGUGGCGGUGCCAGGGCCGGGGGUGGCGGCAGCUCUGCCCAAUGGGGGGCCCCCGGGCCCCCCCGUAGCUGACGACAGCAAAACCAACCUGAUCGUCAACUACCUGCCCCAGAGCAUGAGCCAGGAGGAGCUGCGGAGCCUCUUUGGCAGCCUCGGGGACAUCGAGUCCUGCAAGCUUGUCCGUGACAAGGUCACCGGGCAGAGCUUGGGCUACGGCUUCGUCAACUACGUUGAGGCAGGUGACGCCGACAAGGCCAUCAGCACCCUCAACGGCCUCAAGCUGCAGACCAAGACCAUCAAGGUGCCAGAUGCCAGGCUGCCCCCCGAGCCGGACGAGAGCGUCCUCUGGCAGCUCUUUGGGCCCUUCGGUGCUGUCACCAACGUCAAGGUCAUCCGCGACUUCGCCACCAACAAGUGCAAGGGCUUCGGCUUUGUCACCAUGACCAACUAUGAGGAGGCGGCCAUGGCCAUCGCCAGCCUCAACGGCUACCGCCUGGGCGACCGCGUGCUCCAGGUCUCCUUCAAGACCAGCAAACAGCACAAGGCCUGAGCCCCACCCCAAUGGCCCCCCUGGCCCCUGGCCCAGGUUCCCUGGCACCACCAGGCCACAGGGAACCCCCAUGAGCAUCAAGAACACCCUGGAGACCAUGCAGAACCCCCCAUGAUACCUGGAGACCUUGGGGACCCUCUCCAUGGGCACCAAGGACGCCAUGGGGACAACUCCAAGGAUAUCCUGGAGGCUGUGGGGGCCCUUCCCCAGGCACCAAGGACACUGUGGGGACCUCCCCACCCUGGAGACCAUGGAGAACUCCCCUGGACAGCUGGAGACCUUGGGGACCCCAGCUUCAUGUGCACCAAGGACAUCAUGGGGACACCCAAAGGACAGCCUGGAUGCCCCCACCUCUCCCCUAGGCACCAUGGACACCCUGAGGACUCCCCCAGGUGCCCCAGAGCUCUUGGACACUGUGAGGGGCAUGGAGAUACUGGGGGCACCCCCGAAGAUUGCAGGGCACCAUUCUGGAAAGACUGGAGAACCCCCAGGACACUGAGGACGCACUGGGGACCACCCAGGCACCCUGAAAACCCUGGGAAUCGUGAAGAAGUCUGGAUAUGGGGGGGGUGGUGUGGUGUGCGUGUGUGUGCCACCUCCAAAGCCCCCAGGAAGGCCAUGGGUGCCCCAAAAACCCUGGGGACCUCCCCAGCACCCGGAGAUCUUGGGCGACUGCCCUGGGCAGUGCGGCGACCCCUGCCCCCCCCACAGCACC